AUGCAGCUCACCACUACCCUCGCCGCCACCCUCCUCGCCUUUACCACGGCAGUGACUGCGAUCCCCUCUCCCAUUCCUCAAAUCACCCUCCGGAUCUACAACGACCAAAGCGGCGCCAAUGCAGAAGCCACCAUACCCGCCGACGGCACCCCAUACUACAUAUCUUCUCUUUUCGCCGGCAAGGCUGUCGACAAGGGUGCCGGUAACAUCGUCGGUACAUCAGCCCAACUCACUAAGUUCCAAGACACGACCAAGUGCCAGCUUGUCAACCUCAACAUCCCUGGCUGGAUUUUUGACAUCGACGGUCGUGCAAAGAACUUUGUCGAUCUGGAUGGCGACGUUACGAAGCCGAUCGAGACUUGGCUGAGCGGUUUCACUUUCCAUUGUGAGAAGGCUUACUAG